AUGACAGACCUUAUUUUUGGUGUUGUUACGCUUCCAAAAAUCAUAGCCAGGUACUGGUGGGAUGACAUUAUAGUUUCAUUCAGAGCCUGUUUUGCACAGAUGUACUUUGUCCACUCUCUGGGAGCGAUUCACUCUUUGAUUUUACUCAUCAUGGCUUUAGAUCGCUUCAUUGCUAUCCUGUUUCCUUUCCAGUAUCCUGUUGUGAUGACAAACAAAGCAGCUUUUGUUUCUUGCGGCCUGUGCUGGAGUCUGACUUUCAUACGCAUGUCUGGGAUCGUACUACACGCUUCAACUUUGCCAUACUGCAACCAAAACAUCAUCACGCAGUGCUACUGUGAUCACUUAUCAAUAACUCGUCUGGGGUGUGAUAAAGAAGAAGUUGCGUAUGUGAAAUCUGUCGCUCUUGCCAAUGCUAUGGUCAGCCUUUUGUUUCCCUUAAGCUUCAUCAUUUGUUCGUAUUUCUCUGUGAUCAUAUCAGUGCUGAAAAUGUCCCACGUUGAAAGGCGUCACAAAGUGCUGUCCACCUGUGCUCCUCAGCUCUUCAUCACCUGUCUGUACUACAUCCCCAGGUGUUUCAACUAUAUUGCUCAUAAUCUGGGUUUCUCUUUCGGUCCUGAUCUCCGUAUCGCUAUCACCAUGAUGUACAGCCUCAUUCCUGCUGCAGUUAAUCCCAUAAUUUACUGUCUGAAGACUAAAGACAUUAAAGAGGCUUUGACGCACAGGUUAAAAAUGAGGAAAAUCAGCAGCACAGUUGACUCUUAA